GUGAGCACACUAGGAAUCGAGCAAACGAGCAAAAAACGGCUUGUUGUAUGCUGUGUGUUGGCCGUUGCCUACGCAUCGAUCACCGCUGAUCGCUCUCCAAAGCAGACAAGACGAGAUGGCUGCCCCGCGCAAGCAACAAACCGAUAGAUGAAGGGGCUGCUCCUGAUGCCAUGCCUGGCCGCGGCGGCGCCAAAUGCCUGGCGCCGCUGGCGGCGCCAACAACAACAACAGAUGCCGGAACCGGUGGCACCCGAGUGGACCAAAGAAAUGCCGCAGACGUGGGAACCCGCGCCGUCGCUGCGGGCCUGGCGCGGCGUCGCGCCCGCGUGCGCCUGGUGCGCCCACGUGGACCAGAAGCACGCCUACUGCCAGGGCUUCGGCGGGCGGUUUUGUGAUGACGGCGUCGAUGAGUGCUCCAUUCCCUCACGCGAGCUCGACAGACACUGCGCCAAGGCGUAUGCCGCCACGGGCCUAGACGCCUGCGUGGCCCGCUGCGACGGUGUAUUGCGAAAAAAUGCCUGCGCGGCGCGCUGCCUGCACGCGGCACAAUCUGCGGUGCGCCCCGACGCCUGCGCGGCGCGCUGCGCGCACGCGGCGACCGCCGCGCCGCGGGACUGCGUCGAGAAGUGGGUCUCUCUUAACCAAGACGCCGCGUUAGUUGCCUCAAAAGGAUGCCACCAAUCUGUUGAUGAGUUCUUCCUCGGUUCACAAACGGACACGCUGUCCGUGUUAAUUCAUUUGCAGAAAACGGGCGGCUGGAGCGUCGUCGACGCGGCGCGGGCGGCGGGCGUGCGCUGCCCGUCCGUCAUCGCCAAUGCUGAUGGAAGGCGCUCCACGGAGCACCUCGACGGCUGCGCGGGGUAUAGGGCCUCGACGCCCCAGGACGAGGGCUUGUUACGGGCGUCGACGGUCGGCCAGCAGGCCGUCCUCAGCGCCCACCACCGCAUGUUUGCGUUACUGCAUGUCGAACAGCCGCUGAGCCGCGUCUGGCCCGCGUUCCUCGGCACGCGGCAGGUUUUGUACGUUACGGUACUGCGAGAUCCUCUGAAACGCGCGCUCUCGCACUUCAAGAUGGCGACGCGCGAGGUGCACAUCCCCGGCAUUUAUUCUGGUUUACCUUUCGGGCGCGUUGUGGAGCUCCAGGAAUUCGCGGACAAGCCGCUGCGGGACUGCUUACUGUGUUCGAGGCGAGGCCGCGCGUCCGACCGGACGCAGGGCUACUUUGGGGUGGACGCGAAACGGAACGCCUCGACCCUAGUCGGGGGCGGCGAGUUCCGCCAUUGUUGUAGGAGGCAGUGGCGUUAUGCGGCGGACAACUACUACGCGCGGGAGUUAUGCGGCUUCGCGUCGCUCGCGGAGCUGCCGUUCGGGGACGUCAACGAAACGCAUGGGGACGAAGCGUCGCGGCGCCUCGACGCCUUUGAUGCUGUUUUAAUAACGGAGCGAUUGCAUGAAGCGCGCCCCGUGCUCGCUUCAAAACUCGGCUGGCGCCUGCCCCGGGACUUUGCCGUGCCGUGGCGGAACAAGGGGUCGACAGAAGAGGAAGAAUAUUCCGAGGCCGCGCUGGCGGCGCUCGAGGCGCGCAAUUCCAUCGAUCGGGCGGUGUACGCGCGGGCGGCGCGCGCGUUCGACGCGAGUCUGCGGAAGCGGCGGUCGCGGCGACGGCGUCACGACGGGGACGUGUUGUGAGUGUGUAAAGUCUAACGUUAACUUA